CUCUCUCAAUUCAUUGAGGUCACUCAUAUCUCUCUCUCUCCCUCUCCCCUUCUCUGUGGACUAGAUCGCUAAUCACCUAAUAGAGAAAGAGGGUCGGGUCACCCAUGGCGAGUCGACUCGGGCUGAACCCAGCUCCGGCGGUUUCCACCUCACCCAUCAUCAACAGCGUUAAUUCGCCACCCAGGUCUUCGAUUUUUAUUUUCUUCUUCUGAUAAUUUUGUUAUUUAUCAGCUUCUGAAACCCUAGAUUACCCCAGGUCUAGAACCAUUGACCUAAACCCACCUUGGCUUUCUCAUUUUAUUAAGGUUUUGAAUUGGGUUAUUGUUCAAUUUAGGGUUUUUGUAUUGUUUUAGGGAUUCGUUUGUAUAUCUGCAAUAAAUUAGGGUUCUUGUACUUUUGGGCUUUUCAAUAAUUAUGUUGUGUAGUUAGGGGCUUUUUUUUAUCUGGGUUUCUGUAAUUUUAUAUUGAGUGAGCCCUUUUCGGGGUAGUUAGUGAUGGGUGAGGAGACAUCUGAUGCAAUGAACCUUGACCUGAAUCUGGGUCCUGUUCCCGAGCUGGUUUCUGCCCCCAUGUCCAAUGAGCCUGUGAAUUUGGAUCAUUGGAUGGACCAGCCUAUUCACCGAAUUGCCGAAGUGUUUGGGACAUUUCGACGGAGGUGGCCUCUACCUGACGCUCAUAAUGUUUCGUCGGAGUUGAAUCAAUUGAUGGUCAAUUCUGGGACUCCAAGCAUACUACAAGCAGGGGAGGGUAGUGUUGCUGCGGAGGAAAGAAGCAACAAUGUAACUAAGAAGUGCGAAAAUAUCAAUGGGAUUUUGGAAAAUGAGACUUCGGAGGAGAAGGAUGAUGUUGAAAAGAGCAGUGGCAGUGAUGGUAGCUUUUUUGAUUGUAAUAUAUGUUUGGACUUGGCUAGGGAUCCUGUAUUGACUUGUUGUGGUCAUUUGUUUUGUUGGCCAUGCAUCUACCGAUGGUUACAUGUGCAUUCCGAUGCAAAGGAAUGCCCUGUUUGUAAGGGAGAGGUGUCUCCCAAGAAUGUGACUCCAAUAUAUGGCCGUGGAAACAAUACUCGUGAGGCAGAUGACGACUCAACACUUAAGAUCCCUCCUAGGCCUCAAGCACGGCGGGUUGAAAGCUUAAGGCAAACUAUGCAGAGGAGUGCAUUUACUUUUCCAGUGGAUGAGAUGAUUCGACGGCUUGAACAUAGAUUUGAUUUGUCUCGGGAUUUGGUUCAGCCAACAGAAGAUUCUGCCCGGGAAUCUGCAUCAGAAAGAACUAAUGGCUUGUUAAAUAGGAUUCUGACGUCUCGAGCACUGCGUAGAGAGCAAAAUCAGGUGGCACCAACUGAAGUUGUGGACUUAACGCAAGACAAUAUUACUAGCCUGGAUACAGGAGAAAACCGCCGGCUUCAGGCGGUGCUACUCCGAAGAACACAAUCGCAUAGAGCAACACUUUCUUCUUUGUCAUCUGCAUUAAGCUCUGCUGAAAGGUUGGUGGAGGCAUAUUUCCAUAACCGUCCUAGUACACCUGCAGUUAGAAGUCAAGAGCCGCCUCCACCAGUUGAUGAUAGAGACUCUUUCUCGAGUAUUCAAGCUGUUAUAAAUUCAGAGAGUCAAGUGGACACAGCUGUGGAGAUAGAUUCUAUGGUUUCCCUCUCAACUUCAUCUUCCAGAAGAAGAAAUGAAGCUUCAAGGGUUUCAGACAUGGAUAGUGGAGACUCCCGUGCCCCCAGAAGGAGAAGACUGAACUGAAAGCCUCUUUUGCAGCUGGUCAACACUAUGUUGUAUGUGCCCUUUGCCUCUGUUUUAUUACCCUUUCCCCUUCUCAAAUGCCCUUGUAUUACUACUUCACUGUUUACACUCUAGGAAGUGUUCACCUUUUACUACGACUUUGUCCUUUGACAUUGAUGAGGUGAUUAUCAACUAUCUGCUUGAAUUAUUUGUUUUUACUUUAUCAAUCUUAUGAUCUUCCUUAACUUCAGGUUCGGUUUUUAAUUGUGUGGCAAAUCAGAGUUGUACUCUUGUAUUACUUAUAGUUGGCUCUGACUGUACAUAAACUCAUGAACUUCUUAUGCCAACCUUCAUUUGGAAUAAUUUUCUAUAUAUUCAAAUAAAUUUUCUGAUAAUUGAAGUUAAUGAGG